GGUGGUAGCCUGGGAGUGGAUCAAGAGUGAGAGAGGGGAGGAGUUACUGAUCGAUGCUAAUAAAUAAAAGGUCCCUCUUCUUCUGUCCAGGGUACAAGACGCCUGGAGAGCUGCCCCCUGAGACAAGAGCUACAGACUGGCAGGGAAGCGACAGCUUAUCAGCCCAGGAUCUCCAGCUACCCUCGGUGAGAAGAGAGCCAAAACACAGUGGGAAAGACAGAGUGAGAGAUUCCUCCCUGCACUGGCACAAUGCGCGCUCUCGUCAUCCUUACGCUCCUGGCUGCCUUGGUAAUUGCUGCCACUUGCUAUGAGUCCCAUGAGAGCAUGGAGUCCCACGAGUAUCUCAAUCCCUUCCUGAACAGGCGAAGGGCCAAUGACUUCAUACAGGCUGACACGAGACUAAGAGCCAUCACUCAGGAGAGGAUAAGGGAGCGUAGUAAGGCACCCCAGGAGCAUCAGAGGGAGCUCUGCGAGGACUACUACCCUUGUGAAAUGUAUGCUUUUCGCCAUGGCUACGCUGCUGCUUACAAGCACUAUUUUGGGAGGAGGAGGACUAAGUAAAGGAUGACCUGUCCCACCCUUCCCACCCUGGGGCCUGGAGUCCAGGGUAUCCUCCCAAAAAUCGCAAUAGCUCUGAAACAUAUUCAGUUGCUUGUAUCCCUGUAUGUUAUCCUACUACAUCCUACUGCUUCUCUCCCAUGUAGCCAUGUAUUCUACACUGUGUUAAUUAGCACUGAGCUGAUGUAGCAGAGAUCACAGGGAGUUCAGGAUGUGGGUGCUUACUACAAAAUAAAUUGCUGGUUUGAUA